AUGCUCCUGGUAAUGAUUCGGAAUACUUUGUUCUUGGUGCUGGGCAUUAUUAUCGGCGUACGACUCACGGACUUCGUUGGCUACUUGAAGCUGUGGAGGGAUAACGAUCUGAGGGCGAGCGAAAAGGCGGCCCUGAUGAAGUAUCCGGUGGCCACGGAGAAGCACCUGGCCACCUGGCUGAAAAGGGAGGUGCGCAUCCUCUGCCUGGUGCUCACCAUGCCUUCUUCGCAUGCCACAAAAGCGGCUCGGGUGAAUCGCACGUGGGGAGCCCGCUGCAACAAGCUGAUCUUCAUGAGCAGCAAAACGGAUCCGCAUCUGAAUAUCCUCAAGAUGAACAUACCCGAAUACCGACAGAAUCUGUACGCCAAGGUGCGAACGGGAAUGGCCUUUGCCCACAAACAUCACCUAAAUGAAUACGAUUGGUUCCUGAAGGCUGAUGAUGACACUUACAUUGUAAUGGAGAAUCUGCGCCUGUUUCUAUAUCCCUACGACCCGGAAUCUUCUGUUUACUUUGGCUGCCGAUUCAAAUCAAGCUAUUCCCAGGGUUACAUGUCCGGUGGCGGUGGCUAUGUGCUCAGCCGGGAUGCCCUGCGUCGCCUGAAUCUGUUCGCUCUGAAUAGCACCACCACCUGCAAGCUGAAUGGCGACUCCGAGGACCUUCAGAUCGGUCAUUGCCUGCAGGACGUGGGUGUUAUAGCGGGGGACACCAGGGACUUCCAUGCACGACACCGCUUCUUGCCCGUCAGCCCAUUUCAGUUGAUGCCCGAAUACGAAGUUGGUUCGUGGAUGGAUAGCUACUUCUUUCACAAACCAAAUAGAAGCGACUGCUGUUCUGCCUCGGCCAUAUCUUUCCAUUAUGUCAGAGACGUCGACUUCGAGUUUUUCGAAUUCUUUUUGUAUUACUUAAGUGUCUUUGGAACACACAGGUCGCAAAGAGCUCUUCCAUCGCGCUUGGGAUUCAGGCAAAUAAACGAGCGUCUGCAAUACUGGGCUCACCAAGUCACCGACAACAAAGGAUAACCGUAGAUAUUAUAAAAAAUCCUGCCCAAAAACUCGCAAUGAUUAGCAAUAAAGUAUUAACAACUAAAAAGUU